AGCGCGGUGACCUGCCGCAAAGCACACAGAGGUGGGCGGACCCCCCUCAUCCCAUCCCUCCAACCUCAUUCUGCUUUUUCUUUCUCUAUAAAACCGCCACUAACUCCUCCACUCCUAAAAUCCCCGCUCUCCCCUCUGUGUGCGCGGAAGCUGCUGCUGAUUUCCACCCCACCACCAUCAUCAUCUUCAUCAUCAUCGCGGAGUUGACAUCAUCUUUUUCUCCAGCAGAUGACCAUGUGCGCGCUUGCCCUUGCAACGUUUAAGUGACUGUUUACAUCCUGGAUGGCUUCUUCUUCUUACAUAAGUCACCAAAAAUAUAAAUAUGCAGCCCGCUGCGCUGCCGCAGCUCCGCAGCGCGGCUGCGUUUCUGCGCCUGCAUGCGGCGCAGGAGGCGAGCUGAACGCUUCCUCCUUCCUGCACAGGAGAAGGGCUGGAUGUGGGCCGCCACAUGCUGGCGAACCUGAGACGGAAUGGUACGGAGGGAGGGAGGGAGGCUCGUUUUUUGUCUCACUGAGGACGGAGUGAGGAGAGGAGAGGAGGAGGGGGGGGGUCGGUGUAAAACCAGACUGGGUGGAGCAACGCAUCGGCCCGGCCCCAUCCACCGAGCAGACGGCCGGAGCUCGGUACUGUACAGAGAGUCUGGCGGAUGGAGAGAGAUGGGGGGCGGUCUGUGGGAGGGUCUAGCGCAAAGAGGGAAGGAGGAGGGGUGAGGAGGAGGAGGAGGCGGCACGGGUGCUGUUUCUCCAGUCUCUUUCCCCUGUCUUUGUCUCACACACUCUUUUGUUAGCCAUGCCUAGCCUGCUGGUUCUAGCAGGGAUCAUGGAGAAAAAUGGGGGCUACGGCGGGGAUCUGGCCGGCUCCGGCUUCGGCGGCGAAGGUCUCCUCGUGGCGCCCGACGAGGAGGAGGACGACUCCCGUGCCCUCAGGGUCGCGCUCGGCCAGUUGUCGCUACUGGGGCUCGGGGAAGGCGAGGACGGCGGCGGCGGCGGAGCCCCGACAACAGGAGUGCAGGACCGGAGCAACAAUAACAACAACAACCACCACCACAACCACGCUAACAGCGUCGGGGGCGGCGGGGACGCGGCCAUCCUGCAGGGGAAGAGCAAGUUGUGCGCCCUGUACGACAGCUCCUCAGCAGAGACUAAAGGACGAGGCUGCAACAUUACAGAAUGCGUCCCGGUGCCGAGCUCCGAACAUGUGGCCGAGAUAGUGGGGAGGCAAGGUUGCAAGAUAAAAGCUCUGCGAGCCAAGACCAACACCUACAUCAAGACCCCCGUUCGAGGAGAGGAGCCUGUGUUUUUAAUCACUGGCCGGAAGGAAGAUGUUGCACUGGCCCGUCGUGAAAUCAUCUCUGCUGCAGAGCACUUCUCCAUGCUCCGCGCCUCCCGCAACAAGCUGGGGGUGUCCUUCAGCGGCUCCCCGCCCACGCCUCUGCCGGGUCAGACCACCAUUCAGGUGAGAGUGCCAUACCGCGUUGUGGGGCUGGUAGUGGGGCCUAAGGGCUCCACCAUUAAGCGCAUCCAGCAGCAAACCUGCACGUACAUCGUGACCCCCAGCCGAGACCGCGACCCUGUCUUCGAGAUCACGGGUUCCCCGAGCAAUGCUGAGCGCGCCCGCGAGGAGAUCGAGGCGCACAUCGCCUUCCGAACAGGAGGCCUGCAUGACCACAACAACGAGAACGACUGUCUGGGGCCGAAUGGUGGAAGUAGCCCGGCGGGCAGCACCGGCGGUCUGGAGAGCCGGCUACAGCAGGUGUGGGGGCUGCAGGGGGGCCAGCGCAAGCCUCUCACCAGCAGCUACCGCCAGAACUUCUCAGAUGCCAUGGUUGGAGGCGGGAGCGGAGGAGGAGGCGGAGGAGAGGGAGGGGGGAUCUACAACAAGAGCAACUUCUCCAGCUCCGGAGAGAAACCUUGCUCGUAUUUUGGAUCUGAGGGCACCCAGGGCUGGGGGGACCCCGACUACCCCAAACAGGUGUCCUUUUACACCCAGCAGCGCUCCAAAAGCUUCGGCGGCCUCCCGCUGCCCCUGACCAGACUCUCUCCUGGGUUACCGGAGCCCUGCGGAGGCGGGACCCCCAACAACUCAGUCACCAGCAUCGUAUCCGGCUCGCCUCAUGCCCAGGCUCGCCGCGCCCACAGCGAGCCCGCCUCGGCCGGGGACGGCUUCCCGGGCCGCCUGCCGGUGCCGGACUCUCCGCCGGCCACCGUGCGGGACUGCAUGACCUGCUUUGAGAGCAAAGUGACGGCUGCCUUGGUGCCCUGUGGCCACAACCUGUUCUGCAUGGAGUGUGCCAUCCGAAUCUGUGAGCUGAACCACCCGGAGUGCCCGGUGUGCCACACCCAGGUCACUCAGGCCAUCCGGAUAUUCUCCUAAAGAACCACGUCCGUUUUAUCCUUAGUUUCCUCAGUGUUUCUUCAAUAAUUAUUUACUGUUCUUAUGAUUACUAUUAUUAUUAUUAUCAUUAUUAUUAUAUACAUUUUUGUUUUUCAGAAAAUUUAAAAACAAUCAAGCAGAUAUUUUAGAAGGCCUGCUUGCUUUACUAAAAAGUAUAAGAAAUAUUUUUAAGUUUUUCUUUUUAUAUAUAUAUGCAUAUAUAUUUUAUAAAAGUUUUGUUUAUAAGAGAAGUAUAGUACCUUGCAUUUUCAGUUUUUUGACUGCUGCUGUGUUUCAUUCAUGAAUCACAGUGUAGGCAGAGGUAGACAGUAAUGUGAACAUUUUAUUCUUCAAUUAUUUUUUUUGUUUUUUACCUUAAAGUGGGUUUUAUUGAAGGAAACAGAUGAUUGUUGAGGAACCCAAUCUGCACUUGACUGACCUACAAAGUCAAUGUUGUUACUAGAAGGAAUAAAAAAAAGAACUUAUUGCACCUUACAAUCAUCUUGGUCUAAAACAGGAUUGUUAAAAUCGUACCUUGAGAAAUUCAAAGCAGCAGAUGUGAACUUAAACGUUUUCAGUUAAACUGUGAUUGUGGGUUCGGAUAAUUGGUCCAAAGCAUUUUGGCUAAAGGAUAAACGUGUAUGGGUUCGUUCCAGUCGGGAUCUAUACAGAAAGAGACGAAGCAAAUCUUUAUUUCAUUAGAAAACAGAUUUAAAAGGGAUAGGAUUUUAAUUAUUUAUAGAAACUGCUUGAAUUUUAUGGAUAUUAUUCAGAGAGAGGAUGAGGGCUGCUGUAAAGGUGGGGAUUCUCCGUCCGGCAGCCGUUGGUGGCGUUUGGUCACUGCAGUUUGUUGAAAAGACUUGGUAAUGCUUUGCUGCUCGUGGCUCUUGAAAAGCAUGUGGCUCCUCGGUUGGCUUAAAGCGCUGAUUUAAUUUGCGAGGCCAAAAAGCCUUGGAAUCCAUCCAGUUGGCCCCUUUUUGAUAUUCCCCAAGGACUUGUCUCAAAGCCACCUUAACCACGCUUUUAUUGUGUCGUGCGGUCGUUUGGCCGCGUCCGGCUAACAAUGGAGGACGAGGCGGGAGCCCCCCUCUCGUGUCCUCGGAGAACCUUAAGAUUGGACGGAAGCUGAAUGAAUCGUCUCCUGAAUCAGCAGCAGCAGAUUAAAGGAGCAGAUACUGUAAAACACAGAGUCCAGGGCUGCUAAUCCUUUCUCCUGCGAGGGGCCUUCCGUCCCCCCCUGUAAUUAGCAGAGCUGUGCAGGAGCAGGUGUUUCGCGGCGCGCUGCGGCUCUGACCCUGAGUUUGGAGGUCUCGCCUAGCCCCUUUCUUUCUCUCUUUUCUUUGGGAGUGGCUUUCAUGCCUCCCCUCCACCGGAGCUGCUGGGCUUACAGUUGGACCGUUUGCUUCUGAGCCGUAUUGUCUGCGCCUUCGGUGGCGGCCGGCGUGGGCCACGGAGCGCUCGGACACGGCCUGCAUUCGCUCAUUGAUAAUUAGGCAAAUGGGUCGGUCCAGGUGCGGACCGUGUGGGGGACUCUGGACCCCCAAACCACUGAAGGGAGCUAGGCGAAUAGGAAACCCCUCCUUUUUCCCCCUGCUCCUUUUCUUACCCAAACGGGGACAAGGAGAAGGGGUGCACUCUUUUGUCCCAAAACACACACGGACACAGAAAGACACUAGCCGCAUUUGGCAGCCGUGAAAUAAAAUGGAGGUUUAGGAGAGACAUUAAUAAUCCAGUUACCUGGAAUAUUUAUUCCAGUUGAUGAAAAGCAAACCGUUUAGUGAUCAUAUCGCAGAGGGCCCGUGUUAAUCCCCCUCUCUGGGUGCCAUCUGUGGGACAGUUUCUACUGUAAGGGGCAUCCCACGACUGGCCCUUGGCCUCGAACGGCCCCGGCCCCCAACUCGCGUUACUUUCACAAUGAAAUCAGACUAUUGUAAUUGACAGGAAGGCAGAGGAAACGCCCCAUUUAACCAGCACUCAUGCUGAAUCAAAUUACACACCCGCUGCGUCUGCCUUAGCCCCAGCCUGGGGAUUUCAGAGGGCUAGAGCAAUGGAUCGGGGGUUGGGGGGAUUAAAGCUGUUGAAUGAUGGGAGGGAGUGAGGGAGGAGUAUACUUCAAGACAAAAAAAAAAAAAAGAAAAAAAAAAGGAGGAAAAAAAAAAAAAACUCUGCAGACCGAGCAGCUCUAUUGAUCAUCAGGUCUUUGAGCGAGUGUUGAGCUGCUGUCACAUGUGGGCCGGCACCGGCGACCCAGCAGGCCUGAAUAAUUUGGGGGUCUCGUUUUAACAAAACAAAUCCAGUCUUCAGGGCCAGAAAGCCCCCUUCUCUAAAGGAAAAACAAAAUGAAGGAGAAGAAGGAGGAGAAGCGACCGCUGGCAUGAUUGCGGCGAGAGCACCGGACUGGCAUCGAAAGUUCCCAGAAAUCUGUGAGGAGGACUGAGUUUUAAAAUUGCACAGAGGUCUGGCCGAAGCUUUCAGCGUCACAACGAGGCGGGGGCGACCCCCGCUCUUUGAACUUAGUAUUUUUUUGUUUGUUUUAUUUCUGCCUUAAUGUUUUUUAUGGAAUAUUGCCAUUGCUUUGGCUGACAAGGUAGCAACUUUGGCCUUUUGAUACAGUACCACUCCCCAAUAACCAACUUUGUAAAGAAGUUAUUUUUGGAAAAGAAGAAUGUGAAUCAAACCGCUCGGGUGGGGAUUAGGGGGGAUUCUGGACAUUAGGCUCUUUAAAAACACAUGACUUAAAGAGAGAAAAAAAAAAAAAAGAACAAAGCACCUUAUUAUAAAACACGCGCAUCUGAUUAAUACCAAACCGACCGCUGAUGGUGAAAUCUAUCUCACAAUCCGAAAGACACGCACAUAAGGAUUCCCUAUCAUUUUUUUUCUUGUGUGGUUUGGUGAUUCUUGUGCUCAGUAGUGACAAUUUGGGAGAUGUCAUCAUUUUUCCCCCUCUUUUCAGUUUUGCACUGGUUUAACAAAGAUGUCUUAUUGGAGGUUCUCCCGGUUUAGACGCUGUAAGUUGAGGAGUGUUCUUCGUGUGAAGGCACCGUGUUGUAAAUAUGGUGUGUGUAUCAGCUAGGAAGAGCCAGACGCAGGCCCGCCUAAAAGUGAGUUUUUCAUUAUUUUUUAACAAUCUCAAAGUGUCAUCGUUGAUGUUUUAGAAUAAAUUAAAAAAAAAAACGAACUAGGAUAUAAAAUGUUUAUAUAUGCGCCCUGUCACCCUUUUGACUAUAUUAGUAUAUUAGAUAGAUCCAUACAUGUAAGAAAUAUUAUUUACUAAGUAUGUCAUCCAAAUAUAGAUAAGCAGACACUACUAUAAACAGUAAGAAUGAAUUUUAUGAAGCCACUGAUGUAUCCAGUUUUAAUUAAAUAGGCAAAUAUUUAAGGACGUUUAGCCCCUAUAGGAAGAAAUCAGUUUUUAUUUAUCAGGAAAGCAAUAAUAGGAGGAUACUGGGAGUCAGCUCUUUGAAUAAUGUUCUGUUUAGAAACUGACCUUCGUUAUUAGCAUAAUCCCGCCGCAUUUCUGUCUUUUAGUAACCUGAAAGUGUAGAACAGCUUCAGGGUUAGUUUGGGAUUUUAAUCAUGUUUGUAUCAAUCAUAUUCAGGACUUUUAUUUUGUUAAAGAGUCCGGCAAGGUUUACAGCUUCUGAUGGACUGAUGGCAUGAGGAUGAUGCCGUCGUUUUAUCCUUAUUUUGCACCGUGAUGAUUUAUUUUUUUCUUUGCUUUGAAAGAAAAAGGUCAGAUUUAACCAAAGAACAGAAGAGAGCUAACUUAUUACAUCGUUUUAACCAAUCUAGCAUAAUAAUCUGCCUUUUUGUUUACAGUUUACUGAACUAAGAAGUGAUCCUACGGAUUGAAAUACUCCCAAAAGUCAAUUUAAACACCAGUAACGGAACCAUUCUGGCCCAGAAAUCAGGUUCGAAAACAUAAUUUUCCCAACCUGCUGAAGCCACCAAAAGAAGAUUUUUGAUUAAACUGAAACCAGAUUGAGAUCAAAUCCAAACUUCAGACUCAUUAAGACGAGUUUUUAAAAUAUUCUGUAUUUUAAGUUCACCUGCAUGAUACUCAAAACUAUUACAAUAGGUAAGAUUUAUCCAGAAGAAACUCAUAAAAGGAUCCAGCAACCUGAUAUCUAAAGUGUAUAAAAGCUUUAAGAUCUUAAAGAGAACAUCAGUUUAAAAUCAUAUAUUUACUGUGUAGUUUUAACUGACAAACAUAGUUUAACUCCUAAGAAUAUAAGUUUCAUUUGUCCAGCUCACCUGGAGUAAGGACUUCCUGCGCAGCAGCAGAGGGUGGGACAACUCAGUGAUACAUUAUGUUUGUGUUAGUAUUAUUUACUAUAUCGUAUUAAGGUUGCUAUUAUAGUAAAAAGUAGAUGUUUUUCUUCUCUUAAUAUCAAAAAGGUCUUUAUGCAUUUCUGUAGAAACCCUUUUAAAGGAGUGAUAGGAAAUCCUUAUUUUUCAAUGGAUGCACUUAAGCAAUUCUACCAACCUGUCAGUCACACAUUGAACAAGCAAUGCAUUUGAAUGUAAAAAGAAAUAAAAAAAAAAAAAAAGAAAUGGGGGAAAAAUAAACUAAUGCACCCUUUUUUAUUUUUCACAAUUUACAAGUGAGCUUUAAGUUAGUUUUUUUGGAAGGAAUUUGCAACAGGUUUUCGACGUAGUCUAUAUUUGAGUUCUUCCACAUGCAUUUAUAGAAAGUAACUUAAAAAUGAAUAAAAAAAAAACAUAUUACAGUUUUUCAGAUCUAUUUUGCUAACAUGGGUUAUUAUUUCAUAGAAAGCAGAGGAAAAAAAAGUCAGUAUCUGGAUGUUAUUUAUGGAAAAUGAAGCAACGUAUUUAUGAGUAACCUCAAGACAUUUUGUUUUUUAAUUAAAAUGACAAGAAGUUAAUAUAUUUCUAAACACAGGAAAGUCAGUUUCUACUAAUAACUAAAAAGGAGAAGUUUUAUUUAUGAAAGUUAUGGACACUUUGCCCACGUGCUUCACAGUGGAUGAAGUAGGUGGGAGCGAAGUUUCCCCAUAGCUGAAAUUUUAACUUCGGACAUGCACUACUGCAACAUCAGUGCAUUAACAACGGAAGAACUACAGAAAAUAAUAGAAUAUUUUUAGAAUUUGGAGAUAUUUUAGUCACAGAGCAUCGAUUUUGUGCCUCAACUCUAUUUUUUCUUGCAUCAGCAUUCUUUGUGCAGUGCUGCUUGCUGUAACCCCGCCCUUCCCGACCCCAUGUUACUGACUGAACGCAUUAUUACUCAUUUCCUCUGUAAUCUAAACUCGCUUUUUUCUUAUCAAAAUGUAAAAGAAGAAAAACUGCAAUGCUUGGAGUGAAUGAGGCAGCUGUGACCCUCUCGCCCAGCAGGGCCCCACACACACACACACACACACACACACACACACACACACACACACCUUGUAAACGCUUUCAUUCACACAUUUCCUACAUCCACAACUCAGUCUGAUCGAUCCAUGGCAACGGAGCGUGAUCGGCUUAAAAAAAAAAAAGCCUUUUUGAUCGACUUUUCCUGAUGCGUUAAUUAGGUGAAGUGCAAGUCGAGGAGGAGCCAGCGCACUGUGUAGAUCUGUGUAACUAAAUGCAAACACACACACUCACACAUAAACACACCAGAUUCAUUACCGUACUAGUUUGCAUGUAUAUUGUAUGGUCACUUAGCCAGGAGAAACGGUGCGGUGGCGGCGGCGGCGGUACGCUCGCACCGUUUCUUCGCUGUAGAUUUUCAUAGUUGGAGUCUCUUUAGAAAAGCCGAAGGGAGUUUGGAGCCAGACGGAGACCAUUUCAGUCCCCCGCACCAAUGUCUGACCUCUCACUUAGAAAAUGUGUUACGCUGCAAAAAAUUCACUUCCAUUUGUACGAGAAGAAACUUCUUCUGCCCGAAACGGUUAAAAUGCAUCCCAAACUCGGAGAGCGCGGUUUUCCCGCUGCGUGUGAACGGUUGGGGACCGACAUGGCGCUCGCUGGUGAAACUCCGCCCUUUUCCAAAGAGGCCGAUGCAGUCUGACAGUUUGUCUUCGGUAGCGUUUCCAAUUUUUCCAGCACAGUAGGUGUUUCAUACCGGUCUAAUAGUGGUUGUAGUGCAUUAGUUGUUUGGGGCCGGCAGCAGCCGGCGUUCGGUUCUGGUUUCUCUGUGAACAGCGAGGGAGGCGUCGCCGCUGCGGCCCUCUGAGGCGGAUCGUUGAUGGAUGGGAAAAAAAAAAAAAAAA